AUGGCCGCCCAGUCCACCCUCCGGCGCCAGGAGGACCCCCUCCUGGCACUCUAUCUACACUACUCAGACAUGCUGCGAUCGCGACUCAAGCGAACGACACCUGUGACUCGACUGAUCGCUAUCAUUACCAUCUUGAUCUCAAUCAUCGGCUCAAGCUAUGGUGGAUACAAAUGGUUCCGUGAACGAGCGAAAGAGCGUGCCCAAGGCCGCCGCUUACUUCGGCGGAACUCAGGAAUCAGAGGAAAAGAUGGAUCCCGUACAAUAUACGUUCCGUACAAGGAUGAGAAGAUUUCAAAAGUCCUGAUUCAUCCAACGAAGCCAACCACCUUUGACGCCCAUCGGCGGCUGUUCCUGAACCCACCAGCGUCCGCUCGCGGCAUGGAAGAGGGAUCAACCGGCCAGAUUCCUCCCCCGAAAACGAAGCCUGGACUCAAUCUUGCCUUCCUCCAUCAGUUUUUAAGCCUUGGAAGUAUAAUGGUUCCGCGAUGGGGCAGUAAAGAGACUGGGUUGCUACUGAGUCAUGGUGUCUUUUUGCUGCUCCGGACAUACCUCUCCCUAAUUGUGGCAAGACUAGACGGUGAAAUUGUCCGAGAUCUCGUUGCUGGUAAAGGAAAGGCGUUUCUCUGGGGAAUCUUGAAAUGGUGCGGGAUUGGCACUCUUGCCUCCUACACCAACGCCAUGAUCAAAUUCCUCCAGUCAAAGGUGUCGAUCGCCUUCCGGACUCGUUUGACCAGAUACAUCCACGACUUGUACCUGACAGACAGCAAGAACUUUUACAAGUUGAUGAAUCUGGAUGGUGGAAUAGGUCAGGGACCAGACCAAUUCAUCACCCAAGAUCUGACAUUAUUCUGUUCCGCUGCAGCGUCCCUAUACUCUUCGCUGGGGAAACCCAUGGUCGACUUGUUUGUCUUCAAUUACCAGCUCUACCGGUCCCUUGGCCCUCUUGCAUUGAGCGGGAUUCUGACAGGAUAUUUCAGUACGGCGGUGGUACUUCGGAAGCUAUCGCCGCCAUUUGGGAAACUGAAAGCGGUGGAGGGUAAGAAGGAAGGUGACUUCAGAGGCUUGCACUCCAGGCUCUUGGCCAAUGCCGAGGAGAUAUCUUUCUAUGGCGGCGCGGACACAGAACGUGUCUUCCUCGUCAGAAGCUUCAAGGAGCUACAGCGUUGGAUGGAAGGUAUCUACAGUCUCAAGAUUCGGUACAAUAUGCUGGAGGAUAUGAUUUUGAAGUAUUUGUGGUCUGCCUUCGGCUACCUGGUGACUUCUCUGCCCGUCUUCCUUCCUGCCUGGGGUGGCCUAGGUGGUGCCAUGGAGCUGGCGGAUUUACCGGAAGGGUUGAACCGGGAGCGAGGUCGAAUGAAAGAGUUCAUUACCAACAAACGCCUCAUGCUGUCUUUGGCCGACGCAGGUGGUCGCAUGAUGUACAGCAUCAAGGAUAUCUCAGAGCUUGCGGGAUACACUUCCCGAGUGUACAGUCUGAUUGCAACCUUGCACCGGGUUCAUGCCAACGCUUACCAUCCUUCCCGCGGCUCACACCCGGAGCUAUACUCGCUCGCAGAUGCCCAAGGGACCACGCAUAACGGCUUUGACGGUGUUCGACUUGAACAGGUCCCUAUUGUUGCGCCUUCUUUGUAUCCUAUGGGCGGUGAUGAGCUUAUCGAGUCACUGUCGUUCAUCGUCCAUGCCGGCGAUCAUCUCCUCAUUUCAGGGCCCAAUGGCGUUGGCAAGUCUGCGAUUGCGAGAAUCAUGGCUGGCCUGUGGCCUGUCUAUCGGGGUCUUGUUAGCCGACCGCGACCGAUCGGACUUGAUGGAAUCAUGUUCCUUCCCCAGCGGCCUUAUCUGAGCGUGGGCACUUUACGUGACCAAGUCAUUUACCCCCACACGGAGAUCGAUAUGCGUGAAGCUGGGGAGACCGACUCAAACCUCCAGAAGAUUCUUGAUGCAGUUCAUCUGGGCUAUCUGCCGCAACGUGAAGGUGGCUGGGAUGCCCGGAAGGAAUGGAAGGAUGUAUUCAGUGGCGGCGAGAAACAACGCAUGGCCAUGGCUCGUCUCUUCUAUCACGAGCCUCGUUACGCAUUCAUCGACGAAGGUACGUCCGCAGUGUCUUCGGACGUUGAAGGUAUCCUGUACGAGCGAGCAAAGGAACGUGGUAUCACCCUCAUCACCAUCUCGACCCGUGCUUCAUUGAAAAAGUACCAUACCUUCAACCUCACCGUUGGUCUCGGGGAAGAGGGAGAGCUUUGGGAAUUCGAGCGAAUCGGCACCGAGAAAGAAAAACUUGGAGUUGAGAAGGAGCUCCAGGAGCUCCGCAGGCGACUGGACGAGGUAGACGGGUUGAAGAAGCGUCGCGCAGAAAUAGAGUCUGAACUGUCCAAAGUCUGGACCCACGAAGGGGAAAUUGCGCCACCACCUUACCAAAAAGAGGAAGUGAAGCUGCCAGGUGGCGCUGAUACAACAGCUUCUGUGAAUGAAUAA